UAUGUCAAAUGUCAAUGCAGAUUGCCAUUGCAGUAUUUAUCUGUGGUAUUUUUAUACAGUUCAUUGCCAAAUAAUAAACAUUAACUAAAGUUGUGGUAGUUUGUGUCUUUUUAGAAUGAUCGAAGAGGAGAAUAAAACAAUAUGGUGCGGGAAUUUAGCUGACCAAGUUACCGAAGAGAUUCUUUACGAACUCUUUUUGCAGGCAGGUCCUCUCGAAAAAGUGAAAAUACCGCGAGAUAGGGACGGGCGUCUUAGAGGUUUUGCUUUCAUAACAUACUGUCAUGAAGUGUCAGUGCCCUAUGCUUUGAACUUGUUUAGAGGCACGGCCCUAUUUCAUAGGACAUUAUCCUUACAAGCGAGAGGUAAAUUGGCCCUUUUACCGCCACCGAUACGAUGUCACGGCCCUGACAAUUCCUUAGACUUUGUUGGACAGGGAAACGUUGCAAAACAAUUUUCUGAAAUGACUGAGAAGUUUAAGGAAGAAAAUCCACAACCAGUUCACCUGCCAACUCAAAGGCAUUACUUGUUCGAUGAUAUUACUCAAUCACACAGACCGGAUUCAAGUGACAAACUUGUUAUGGCGAGUUUACAGGGUAACUGGUCUCACAGACAUCAUCCAUACCGUUCUAAAGACAAGUCACAUAACCGAGAUGACUAUCGGCAUAGAGAUGAUGGUCAUAAAAGUCAGGGUAACUCUAACAACUGGAGAUCUAGGAGAGAUAAUUGGAAUAGAAGAAGAAAAUAAAAUUUAACAUAGAUUAAGGGAUUAAGCCAUAGUUAAUAUAACUAAGGCGCAUUCGACCAAUGGAGAUACAGAUAAUAUUAACUGGUUUUUAUUUGAGGUGAGCUCUGUAAGGCUGACUAGCUAACAAGGAGGUUGCAAGAAAGGAAACUAGUUUGCCCAGCCUAUUGUAGCUAUGUGAUUAUAUUUGUACAUGUUUCAUUCUUAUUUGAUUGUUGCUACGAAUAAGGAGUCCUGCCUCUAAUAUUUAUCAGUUAAUAAAGAAUACUUAUGUAACAGAUAAGUCAAGACACAGCUUCUUUAAUAAGAAGUUUGUUUAAUGUUAUAGAAACUGUCAAUUAAAUUUUCAUUUUGUUUAUAUUCAUACGUAUUUUAUUUAUUAAAUACAAUCGUUUACAAAAAAA